GGACUUCCUCCCGCUUCCUCUUUCCGCCAAGGCUCGCCACAGCCGCGAACAGCUAGCUGACGCUAGUCGCAAUUCAUUCAAAAACGAUACCUUUCCCGGAAUUUGAAGCAUCGGACGAAAAGGUUGGCCAUCCAAGGCUUUCGUAACUGUUGGUCAGGUUCAACAAUCUAAAAGGAACGCUUGAAAUGAAGAUCUGGACGUCAGAACACACGUUCAACCAUCCGUGGGAGACAGUUGCCCAGGCUGCAUGGCGGAAGUACCCUAAUCCAAUGAAUCCUGCUGUGGUCGGCAUUGAUGUUGUAGACAGACAGGUACACAACGGUGUCCUCAAGAGUCACCGCCUUAUCAGCACAGCGUGGGGAUUUCCUGCGUGGGCACAGAGGAUUCUGGGUGCCGACCGAACCUGCUAUGCUAGCGAGCACUCUGUGGUGGACCCUGCACGGCGUACCAUGACUAUGCUGUCAAGAAAUCUGACCUUCUGUAAUGAGAUUUCCAUUGUGGAGAAACUUACUUACACAGAACACCCUCAGCAGAAGGGCAGCACGUUAAUGACACAGGAAGCAGUCAUCACAAUCAGAGGAGUGCCUUUGAGCAGCUACUUGGAGGACUUUGUAGCCAAAGCAAUCUCUUCAAAUGCUGGGAAGGGACGCUUGGCUAUGGAAUGGGUUAUAGGUCGUAUGAGCCAAGAAGUACAAGAACUGACAAGCCGUACUGUGAAGAGUGUUGACGGGAUCAUCACAUCAGCUGCCAAGAAAAGUAUGGAUGACUUGAGCCACUUGACUGCAUCAGAGCCACAUUACCAUUUCAAGAACUGACAUUGGGCCUUAGCUAACUGUAUGUUUUUAAAAGGAAGGAGCAAGACACCAGAUUAGGAAACUUAACCAAUUGAGGACAACUGGCUGAACAGCCAUUUGUUCUAUCUGUGCCAGUGUGGGCGUGAUGAUGGAAGAGCUGAUGAUGGAUGAUGGAAGAGAGGUUAGAUGUCUUUAGGUCUGCAGUGUUUGUGAAGGUUUUUGACCAAUUUCCAUCUUGGUGUGCCCACGCAAAGGUUGUGCAUUUGUCAUACAUGUACAAUGUUCUUGAUGUAUGUUGCAUUCAAGGGAGCACAGUGCGCACAUGUACAGCUGUGUUACGUGUUGACAGGGACUGUUUUGUCUCUGUUGAAAUGGCAGGGCAGACUAUUUGGCUGGCAUUAGUGCGUGCAGUUCAGUGCAUUUUUGUAGCUCUCCAGACUGUCUAUUUAUAUGUGUGGAUCUGCAGCAGUGACUUCUUUUUUUAUACCAUCUGGAAGUGAGUGGAUGCUGCUCUGUAUACGAGCCUCACAUUAUUUAAUGGCAUUUGCUUGUAUUUUUAAGCCAUUUGGUUUAAUCAUACAGGUCUCUCUCAAUCUGAAGCUAGUAAACUCGCAUUCUUGUUUGGCUGAAAGAUGUUUUUUUCCUUCAAAUUGAAAAUCGAAAUUCUGAUUAAAGAUUGCUGAUAAGGACAGUCAGGCUAGAAAUAACUGGUAUCUCACUUUACUAUAGUACCAAAGUUAUAGCCUCUGGAACAGUUUUGCUACAGCAAAUUGGAUAGAAGUGCACUGGUCUUUUGCCUGUACUGUAAUGUACGCUUUGUGUGUGUGCUGUGCCAGCUGCAUGUUAUUUAAUGUUUGUGAACAUAGGCAUUCAGUUUUAUUAUGUAAUAGAAUAUUUUCUUUUUUGCCAGCACACUUCUUGAUUUUCACUUAGGGAACCAUUUCAUUUAUUUUAACCUUUGCAGUCCACUUGUGCAAUAUUUAUGCACUAGAAAUCCUGGUAUGUUUUUCUGCCAUAUGCAGAAAUACUGCUGUUCAUGCAUAUUGCAUUUUUAUAGGUGUCUCCAGGUAACGCAUGUUGCCGCAUAAUGUGUGAAUACGCUCGUACCUGUAAAUUAUGCUUCCUAUGGUAAAUUAUUUAAUUUUGCAGAUUGAUUUGGAUUGUGCAUUAGUCGUUUCUUUUUUUUUCAUAAUCGUGCUGCAGUUAUAGUUACGAAGCUUUCUUGUUACUUCAAUAUUAUUCUUUUAAAUAUUGAAUGAACUUUUGUUAUUUGCAAAAUCAAGCAUUAGACUAAAAUAUAUACCUGCUCAUAUGCGAAAAUAAUGCAGUUAUAUACAACUGUGUAUGAAUAUUUUCUUUAGCUAUAUACAGUAUCUCUCCAUUAAAGAUAAAUGUAGAUCUGGUUGAUGGGUAGAGAGCUUGAGUAUUGGGACUCUUUAGACGCCAUGUGGCAGGCGUUUCAAUCAUGUAGCCUCUGGAAACCUUGUGUCUGACUCGCAUUGUGCUAUUUGGGUAUUCAGAACCUCCUUGACCAUGUCAUAGGCCUGCAAAAGCCAGGUACCACAUCUGUAGCUCGAUAGUGCUUGUCUGUCGAAGACCUUUGCUGUAAGGAGCCUCAUAAAGCUUUGGUGUACAUGUUACAGAAUGCAUUCUGUCCACCAGUUUUAGUAAAAAUCCGAAAAAUUCUGUGUGGAGAGUGUAUAUAGCCAAAUAGCAGCAGUAAAAUUUGCGAGCACAGUUAUGUUGUCAGUGAAAAAAAUGUGCCACAGUUGUUCUGCCGUGUUCGAGCAGUUUUUUGAGGUGACAAGCUUUUGUGAAAGCAUAGUUAUGGUAACGCAGACCCUCACUUUUAGCCAGAAAUCUUGAGGAAGGUGUGCAGGCAUAGGAAUUCAAUUUGCUGCAAUUGAAGACACAAGUGUGACUGCCACUUUCACUAGGUCUUUCAGAUGUGAUUAAGCAGUCCAUCGCACAACUGCACUCUUGUCAGCUGUUGGAUUGCUGCAUACAUUUCUCGUUCGUACCUGUCAAUCGUGUGGCCUAACGCUUUUACUGUUUUGCUCCUGCAAAGUUAUCAGUCUUGGAGCAUAGUUUCUGGUAUUGUGGUUUCUUGGUGCUGAUGUGUUCGACUGUGGCAUGUGUUGUUGCAGGGCUGUGUAUGAGUUGCGUCCAGUGUUUUGACAUUGGUUGCUUGCUCAGCCUUGAAAUGUACCUUAGUGUAAGUAAUGUGGGAUCAGCCAGUACCUUGAGAGAUUCUUCCACUCUUGCUUUAGCAUACUAGAUGUAGGAGACGGAGAGUGUGCAUGCGUGCAUUUGCUCCGGGAACAAAUUAAACAGGCUAUUUUUAUAAUGACCUGAACUUUUCAACAUUUGGUGCAAACCACACCUUGAUAUGUACUAUACGUGAGACCAGCCAUGUACUGUACAGUAUUUAAUUCUCUGGAUUAGGGUUUUUGUCUACCAACUGAAGGUUUAAAAAAGCAAGUUAAAUGCUGUAAACAAUUUGGUAUGAAUAAAA